AUGAAAAUUUCACCGUGUUGUUUUGCUGGUUUAUUUGGAGUUAUACUACUUUUUGAGGCUAUUGGAGGAGCUUAUAUAUUUAGCACAAUUCAAAAUCUCGAAAGGCAAUUUCAAAUAUCGUCAAAAUUGUCGGGAUUUAUAGUUAGCGCAAGUGAUAUUGGGUACAUAUCAACAGCUAUAUUCAUUGCAUAUUUUGGUUCAAGAGGUGACAGAGCAAAAUGGAUUGGUUUCGGUGCUAUAUUGGCAGGUCUCUCUUAUUUAAUGGUUGCAUCACCAAAUUUUAUUUUUUCUGCACAUCGACCCGUUAUUAAUAAUACUCAUUUGGAGGUUAUCGUUUCUUUCUCUUUCAACAGUGCUAUAUUUCCUCUUAUUGCCGAAGGCAAUAUUCCAUGCUUAUUAGUUUUUAUUAGAUUCAAAAGAUCAAAUUCAAUUUACUCGCUUAUUUUAUCCGAAUUAAACGACUUUAUAAAAGGUAAAAAUAAUGAAAAUGAAUUAAAAAUGUUAUUGCAAACAUUCAUCAACAAUCGUUUAAUAAAUUCCACGGAAGAUAUGAAAAUAAUUCGAAAGACUGCAAUCGCUCCUUUUUCUUUCUGCAAUCAAGCAAUGAACGAUUUUCGCAAUAAAAUUAAGGGAAUUACGUGCAGUUAUAAACCGUCUGUGUGGGGACCAUCGCUCGUCUUGAUCAUUGGACUGAUUGGUGUCGGCGUGAGUCGGUCUAUGCCUUGGUCUCUUGGCAUACCUUUACUCGAUGAUACUGUUAAAAAACGCCAGCUUCCCAGUUAUUUUGCUGGUGUUUCGACACUAAAAAUUCUUGGACCAGUUUGCGGAUUUUUGAUUGGAAGCCUCUGCAAUAGAAUAUAUUAUAAUCUUGAGCCGGCUGAAGGUUUAACUGCGAACGACCCAGCUUGGAUUGGUGCUUGGUGGCUUGGAUUUAUAUUCAUAGCAAUCUUAUUCUUCUCAUUCGUUUUGUCAUUAAAUUCACUAUCUUUUCUCAUUUCAUGGAAAUUUUUAACAAUUUUUAUAGCUACUUAUAACGAAAUUAGUGCGAAAAGGAUCUAUCUCGCACUGGUUUUUGGACGCAUAAUUGACUCUCUCGCUUUUCGUGGAUACCUUAUUUUUUUGCCAAAAUUUCUCGAAAGCCAUUAUGGAGUACCUCAACACAAAGUUCAUAUGCUACUGGCAUUAUUUGGAAUAGUUGGUUUUGCCACUGGAACCAUAACCGGCAGCAUAAUUGUGCGAAAAUAUAAAUUUACUGGCCGGCAAGCUGCUAUUUUUAUUUUAAUAUUUUCAAUUAUGAAUAUUUUGGUGUUUGCGUCAAAAAUUUUCCUAGGUUGUCAUUCAGUUGUGAAUAGCAUUGACGCAACUGUCAGCUCGCAAACGAAUCACAGCCUCACCAAAAAUUGUAAUAAGAACUGCGGUUGUGAGUUUGCGUCUCUUUUCCCGAUUUGCAGUGAAAGCGGUCAAGCAUUUUUCUCACCUUGCCAUGCUGGUUGCCGUGAGGUAAAUGUGAAUUAUGAAAGUACUGAUAAACUUGAAUUUUCGUCGUGUGAUUGCCUUCCUCGAACAUUGUUAAAGAAAGAAUACUGUAAAGAUAAUUGUUCUAUAAUGCUGAUAAUAUUUUUUAUUGCUGCUAUAACUGGUUCGUUCGUUGGUGGAAAUUGUUUUGUGCCAGGAGUAUUAUUGCUAUUACGAUCGGUUCCAGCAUCGCAGCGUAGUAUUUCAUUAGGCCUGCAAGGACUUCUCGUAAGCUUAUUCGGAACUCUUCCUUCGCCAACAAUAUGGGGUGUUAUAAUCGACAGUGCCUGUCUAGUUUGGAAUCAUCCUUGCUUUAAUGAAAAGGGUGCAUGUGUAAUAUAUUCGGCAGAUGCUUUAAGAACUCGCAUGCAUUUGACUUAUAUAAUAAUACGAGCCAUAUCGCUAACAACCGAUAUCUAUGUUGUUCGUAAUUCUAAGGAGAUAAUUCUAUUUGAUGAAAAGGAUACAUCGCAACGACAAGAAAGGCUUGAGAUGAAAUCAAUUUGA